CUCGACACUGCCGACGAGGAGCAAUUUUUCCAUUUUCUUUUUUUUGUCGAGAAAGAAGAAGAAUUUUUUCUGUAAAAAACGAAAAUUACAAAUUUCGAGUCAAGAAAUUUGCAAAAAAAAGAACAAAAAAAAUUUAGAAGAAUAAUUGCAAAUUGCAAAAGAAAAACAAAAAUCGAAGAAUAAUUGGAAAUUGAAAACAGUGAAGAGAAUUAGAAGAAAAAUAUUGCUAACAGCGAAGGAAUUUAGAAGAAUAAUUUGACAAUUGUAGAGAAAAUUUUAGAAGAAGAAUUUGCCAGUUGCGAAGAAAAUUUAGAAGCAAAAUUUAUCAACUGCAAAAAAAAAAUUUAGAAGAAUUUUCCAGUGGCAAAAAAAAAUUUUAGAAGAUAAUUUGCUUGCAGAGGAAAUUUAGAAGAAGAAUUUUUUCUGUUGUAGAAAAGAAUUAGAAAAGAAUUACAAGCAAAAAGAGUAAAUUUUAGAAAAGAGCAAGUAGAUAAAUAUUUGUUAAUUAAUUGUUAAUAAAAACGAGACUGGAUUGAUUUUUUGUUCUCCCAUUGAAACAAAAGAAUGGCAUGCACGUCGCGAAAGAAAAUUUUGAUCGGCUGCACGGGUAGUGUUGCAACGAUAAAACUGCCGCAAUUGGUUGAUAAAUUGUGGCAGCACAAUUACGAUAUUCGAGUUGUGGUGACGGAGAGGGCGAAGCAUUUUCUCAAGGAUGUUAAACUGCCGAUUGGAACGCAAGUACUUUCGGACACCGUUGAAUGGGCCGCAUGGCAGGAUCGUGGCGAUCCAGUUCUACACAUUGACUUAGUUAAAUGGGCCGAUUUAUUUCUAAUAGCGCCAUUAGAUGCCAAUACGCUUGGUAAAUUAGCGAGCGGUAUUUGUGACAAUAUAUUAACGUGCGUUGCACGCGCUUGGGAUCCCAAUAAACCCCUUUUAUUCUGUCCAGCGAUGAACACCAGAAUGUGGAAUCAUCCCGUUACUGAACCUCAAGUUUCUCUGCUCAAGUCCUGGGGGUACAAAGAAGUCAGCUGCAUUUCAAAAACUCUAAUGUGCGGUGACACUGGAAUGGGCGGAAUGGCGGAAAUUGAUACCAUUGUACAGAUGACGAUACGUUCUCUAAAUCCCUGGGAUCCCUACUCACCACCCCAUUUAAAGCGUUAGCAUUGUUCUUAAAAA